GCAGCUAAAGUGAUGUCACGGUUCAUUAUGAUUCCACAGUGUAGAUGCACCUUCCGUCUCAGAUAACAGCCCAGGUGCAUCUGUGCUGUAGAGAUAAUGCAGUUUGACAUCAUCUUAACUGCGUUGACUCCAUCCUACAGAAUCCUGGGAUUUGUAGUUUUGUGAGGCACCAACUCAAGAGUAGGUUAAGAACCCUUUAACACUACAAAUCCCAGGAUUCCAUGGGAAAGAGCUACAGCACUUAAAGUGGUUUCAACCUAUAUCAUUUCUAAAGCAUAGAUGUACCUGAAUUGUUACCAAAAGCAACAGAGUGUUAUAUAAGAUGAAAAUAAAACUCUGUUUAGAAAUAGUGGUUUCCAUUUUUUCCCUGUUCCCUUUACUAGCUCAAAAGAAAUGUCCAAAGUAUGUGAAAAUACUACUCUUAAAAGUAGGGUGCAUUUUAUAAACAUACAAAAAUUGAAUUUCUGUGUUUCUUGUUAUGAAAUGAAGCACUUCAUCAUGCAGAUGUUUUCAGUUAAGCUGUUGCAGCAGAAUGCACAAUGUAUUUCUGUAUGGCUCUUUCAUUAUAGGAUUACUUCACCUUCUCAGUUACAUUGCAGUAGGUUUGCAUUUAUGCAGAUCAACAAGAAAUGUGUGUAAACACCAUUAUCCCAUAUGUCUGUCUGUACUGUAAAGAUGGCAUCAGUAGCUGCUUGUUUACAAACUUUGACUUGAGCUGUGCUUGGUGGAGAUAAGAAGCUUAUCAGUGGAGGAACCAGCAUUCUGCUGAAGAAGAUGGUUGAGCUGACUGUAUAAGAACAGCCAAGCUCUUUCCAGAAAGCUGUAGGGCUUUUUGGUGUCUAAAGGGCUAUCUAUGUUCCUUUGAGGAGUUUUGUUUUAUUUUGUUUUCCAUAAGGCCAUCAUGUCAAAGCGCAAAGUAACCUUUGAAGACCAAGGCGAUGAAGAUGAAGAGGAAAUGAGUUUACCAAAGAAGAAGCUGGUGGAACCUGCCAUCGGAGGGCCAGGCAGCCGCUUUAAGGGCAAGCACUCAUUGGACAGCGAUGAGGAAGAUGAUGAAGAGGAUGAAGGAAGAGGCAGUAAAUAUGACAUCCUGGCAUCAGAUGAUGUGGAGGGGCAGGAAUCUGCCACUAUUGACUAUGAAGAAGGCGUUCGGAUCACCCCAUUCAAUUUGCAGGAAGAGAUGGAAGAAGGCCAUUUUGAUUCAGAGGGAAAUUACUUCUUGAAGAAGGAGGCAGUGAUUCGAGAUAACUGGUUGGACAACAUAGACUGGGUCAAAAUAAAAGAACAGCCUCCUGGUCGGAAGAAGCCACCGCUGGAUUCUGUGGAAGACAAUGGCGAAGAUGAAGAAGAUGACCUUGAAAUUGGGCAGACACCUUUAGAGAAGAAGGAGCUGUUGGAAGGGAUGGUGGAUUUGGUGCAACCUGGUGAGACUGUGGCUAGAGCCAUUCAAAGGCUUGGAGACAGGGGUGUGCCCAAGAAUAGUAGGCGUCAGCAGAAACCUUGGAGUCGCCUCAAGGCAAAUGAUGUAGAGCAAGUUGAGCGAGAGGAUUCCCAGAAGAUUGGGUCACCAGAGCGGAAAGAGCAGCUGGAGCGCCUGUCAGGGCUGGCAGACCAAAUGGUGGCACGAGGUGUAUAUGAGAUCUACCAGGACACUCGAGAGAAGCUGGCACUGAGACUCCGGGCAUUGGAACAUCCUCCUGAAGCACCUUCCGCUGCUGAGCCAGAACUUGAUAUGUUUGCUGAGGAUAUUGAUGAAGCAAAACUGGGAGAGAGGACACCAGCAGCGGGAAGCAAUGAGAAAAAGCAGAUUGAAGACUCUCUCUCUGAGGUGAUGUGGGAAUAUAAAUGGGAAAACACAAACUCAUCUGAACUCUAUGGCCCAUUUAGCAGCUCACAGAUGCAGGACUGGGUGUCCCAGGGUUAUUUCCCUGAUGGGGUUUACUGCCGGAAAGUGGAGAAUUCUGAGGGUCAGUUCUACAAUUCCAAGCGCAUUGAUUUUGAUCUCUACACGUGAUCGGAACCCACCUCCUGCCCCACAGAAUGCAAGAGAUGGAACUCAACCCAGUGGCAGCCUGAAAGAACUUGCCGGACUUUAGGGUGUGGGGGCCAGGGGAGGGCAGGGUUUUCUGUGUGUGUGUGUGUGCGCGUUCGCAUUCGUGUGUUUGCAGAGGAGAGGCUUGGUUCACCUUCUAAUUCUGAAGAUCUUUCAGAUUUGGAGAGAAAUAAAAAAAUCAACCUUAAA